AUGUCAUUGACACUCCGGACCGACCUCCAGGUGGAGCUUGUGACCACUUUCUUAAAUACCCAUGGUCCGAGGGCGAUUCUUUUCUCAGACUCUUACCUUCUGGACCACAGUCCUGUCGUUAUGAAGCUUCCUUUGGGCACUCUUGUUGUUUGUGGCUGUUUUGGUUGA